AUGGCUCAUGUCGUUGAGCUUCCGGGCGAGUCAAACCCAUUGACACCGCAGAAUGUCCUCAGUGCUCUGGUUCUGGCUGCUAGCUCGACACAACAGCAAGUACAGACCGGGACCAAGCAGCUUCAACACUGGGAGAAGCAGGAAAAGUACCAUUCCUUCCUUCAGGAUGUUUUCUUGGAUCAUUCUGUGCCCGCCGAAGUUCGGUACAUGUCCAUCAUUCAGUUGAAAAACGGCAUCGACAAAUAUUGGCGAAAAACCGCGACGAACGCCAUCAAAAAGGAGGAAAAGGACCAUAUCAAGACCAGGGCUCUUCACGCUGGUAUCGUCGAGCCCGCUCCUCUUUUAGCCCUUCACAAUGCACUCAUGAUUGCCAAAAUCAUGCGUUACGAAUUUCCUCAUGACUGGCCCGAUGGAAUCUCGUCCCUCAUUACCUUCCUCCGUUCCUCUACCCAGCCAGGCGCCAACCCUCUCCAGUUGCCACGAACCCUGGUCAUAAUCUUACAGAUAAUAAAGGAGUUAUCGACAGCUAAAAUGCUUAGAACGAGGGCUAACCUCCAGUCGGUUGCUCCGGAAAUAUUCCAUCUCCUGGGAGGCAUAUACGUGGAUAAAGUAAAUAUGUGGGCCAAUUCUUUGGAGCAAGGUGGCGCGGACGAGGGAUCGUUGCUAGAAGCAUUAGAGCAAAGCCUUGUCUGUCUCAAGGUCAUUCGGCGCUUGGUCAUUGCCGGAUUUGAGCACCCCAGUCGAGACAAUGAUGUCCGUCAAUUCUGGGUACUGACUCACACUCAUUUUAGUAGAUUCCUGGGGUUCAUUAAUGGUUCCGUCAGUAUCCCUGACUCGGUGCACAAGGCAACCGAAAAGCACCUUUUGCAACUUUCCAAGCUUCAUGUCGAGAUGGCCAGAGACCGGCCUGCGUCUUUUGCCUUGCUUCCGGACAGUAUUCCUCUUGUGCAAUCUUACUGGACCUUGGUGGCCAAACUAGGAGAGAACUACGACCAGCUAGGGGCAGGUGGUGAAUCGGAAGGGAAGUCGCUGAUGGAAAAGACAGGCCUUAGGGCCUUGCUCUUGAUCAGAGCUUGUUCAAAGAUGGCAUUUAACCCGGCCCAGACCUUCAAAUACCAAACUCCUCAAGACAAAGAAGAGAAAAAGGCUUCCGUGGAGCUCAUCAAAUCUCAGCUCUUUUCGCACGACUUUGUGGUAAACGUCAUGGAACUGCUUGUCACACAAUUUUUCCGAUUUAGGAAGAAUGACUUCCAAGAAUGGGAGGAAGACCCCGAGGAAUGGGAGAGAAAAGAGGAGGAUAUCUCUGAUGCCUGGGAAUUUUCUAUCCGAUCAUGUUCCGAAAAGCUCUUCCUUGACCUGGUGAUCCAUUUCAAGGACUUGCUCAUCCCCCGGCUUCUUAGUGUGUUCUAUUCAUUUGCCAGCGUCGAAAAGCGCGAUGUGCUCUUGAAAGAUUCCUUAUACUCGGCCAUUGGAUUGGCAGCCGCAAGUUUGGAACAGCAUUUAGACUUCAACAACUUCUUGCAAACGACGCUCGUCCCUGAAGUACAGCUACAAGAGCAGGGUUAUAACCUUCUUCGAAGAAGAAUCGCCAUUUUGCUGGGCCAAUGGGUCCCUGUGAAGUCAAAUGAGCUGAACAAUGAUGCUAUUUAUCAGAUCUUCCAGCAUUUGCUCAACAAGCAAGACCCUCUAAAUGAUCUAGUCGUCCGGAUCAGUGCUGGCCGACAACUCAAAAGCGUGCUUGACCCUUUCGAAUUCUCCCCCGCUCAAUUUAUGCCAUACGCGCCAUCAGUGCUCCAGAACUUGAUGUCUUUAGUGCAAGAGGUGGAACUCUCCGAGACCAAGAUGGGCCUUCUGGAUACCGUGCGCACUGCCGUGGUGAAAAUGGAAGAUCAUAUUGCCCCCUUCUCAGAUCAGAUCCUUGCCUUAUUGCCGCCAUUAUGGGAAGAAUCGGGCGAAGAGCAUUUGAUGAAGCAGGCUAUCCUCACGCUUCUUUCUUCGUUGAUACAUUCUCUCAAACAAGAGUCCGCCAGAUACCACUCGCUCAUUCUCCCUCUCAUUCAAAAUUCGGUCGAACCAGGCUCUGAAACAAUCAUUUACCUUCUAGACGAAGCGUUAGAACUGUGGUCUGCCAUUCUCAUGCAGACUCCAACUCCGGCUUCUCCUGAAAUCCUCGCCCUUAUCCCAGCUCUUUUCCCUAUCCUCGAAGCGGCGACGGACAGUGCCCCUCAAGCACUUCAAAUCGCCGAGUCUUACAUCUUCCUCGCGCCUCAGGAGAUACUGGGCGAUCGCAUUCGUCUUCCCCUGCUUGCCUCAUUCGAAGCCCUCUUGAAGUCUACCACCAAGCAGCGCCUCGGCAUAGUGCCACGUCUCGUGGAGCUCAUGAUCCGCGGCGCCGAAGCUGUAGACGGUGGAAGCGAAAACACCUACAACGUCAUCACGCGGUCGCUACUUGAUAGUUCUUUCCUCCCUGCGCUCCUCGAGGGCCUCUACUCCGCACACGAGGCCAGUCAAACCACCGGGCCUAACCGAAAGCAGAGCUCUGUCUAUGGCGUAGUUGAGACGGAUUACUUCUCCGUCCUAGCUCGCCUGGCCCUGGCACACCCCAAGAUCUUCGCGUCCGCCGUGGCAAGCGCCACCAGCACCUCAGAAGAGCAAGCCCUCACUUGGAUCCUGACCGAAUGGUUCCUCCACUACGACAACAUCGGCAGCACGAACCAGAAGAAACUCCACGCGCUCGCCCUCACCCAGCUCCUCACCCUCAACGGCCCCGACUCGCAGCCUCCCGCCUACAUCCUCACUCACCUCCAAUCCUACCUCAACAUCUGGACCGACAUCAUCACCGAACUCGCCGAGGGCGCCGAAGGCGACCCCAAUGACCCGCGCAGCGGCGACCAUCUCAUCUACUGGAACAACGCGGAGACAGGCACCUCAGCGGAGCACGAAGCGCCGGAGAACAUCCGUCGCCGCGAGUGGGACAACGCCGACAUCCUGCACAAGAUCAACAUCCGCGACUUUGUCCGCGAGCGUCUCCGCUCCCUGAUUGUCGGAUGUGGAGGCGAGCAACGGUUCCAGGAGGAAUGGCUGCUUAAUGUGGACCGGGAGGUGGUUGCUGCGUUUGGGGCUCUAGGGCUGUUUUAG